GUUCCUUGCAUUUAGACGCUCUGUUGGUUGUAUGUAUUGCCUUUCACCCUUUUACCUGUCGUCGACUUGGAUUAUUCUAUUUAGGCACCGGGACGUCACACGAGUUGUCUUGCUAAUGCUGCACCCUUUGCUAGAUGCUAGUUUGUCGAUAUCCACAAGCUUUUAGGUGCAAAUUACCUCACAAAGCGAAACCUCUAUCGAGUACAGUCACUUGCAGGGGCUUACCUCGCGACCACACAAGCAAAUGUCAGCAAACCAACAAGCCCCGAACACUAUAUGGUCUGCUGGGUAUUAAACGCUCUGCGGGCUUAGUCGACAUUCGAACAGCCUACCGGAAUGCAGCUCGGAGACUGCAUCCGGACACUAACGCAUCCCCAGCUGCUGUUGACGAUUUCCAGCGCAUCAAAGCAGCUUACGAGGUGCUCAGCGACAGCCGCCUAAGGCGAUUGUACGACAACCUAGGUUUCGGAGCUCUAGGAGCCAAGUACUCCGAGCUUGCUCAGUACUUGGGGGCCAGCGGGGAGGAAAAUGCAGGCCUCAACAGGCGGGGCGGCUCCGGCAUGCGCGGCCGCGACGUGCACACGGUUCUGGGUCUGCUGCUGAGUGAGGCGGCUCAAGGGGCGGAGAAGCUGCUGUCGUACGAGGCACCCGCGGCGUGGUAGCGGCGCCGCGGCUCCCGCACCCCCUCCCUGCCCCGUGUGCGGGGGCAGCGGCCAGGUGCUGCGGUCCCGCUACCAGGCGCCCGCUGCGGCAGGAGGGGCAGGAGCGGCAGGAGGGGCGGCAGGAGGGGUAGGCAGCAGCCGCAGCUGGGGUGGUAAAGGCGGCGGCAGCGGCGGUGGCAGCAGCAUGAGAAGCGGCGCGCCCCCUCGUGUGUUGGCGCUGGGCACGUGCCCCGGGUGUGGCGGGGCGGGGGCGCCCCCGCAGCCGGCCUGCUGCAG